UCUGUGACACACCCGUAGUGUCCCAGACAAGAAAAUCGUUCCAUAGCGCCUUGAUACAGAAGUGAGUUGUUCAAACGCAUGCAGCCAGCACCUCAUAUAGAUAGAAGCCUACUCAGCGGCCCGUGUCCUCAGCGCUCCGAUCACCGCAUUCCGUACGCGUUAAACACGAUGUAUCCACAUUUGGAUGGCCGAAGAUACUGACUGCUGUGGACGGCGUACUGCUUUGCCAUUCACUUCAAGAGGUCGGCAGUGACGGAGAGGCGAUGUUUUCUGAACUCGGAUGUGAGACAACAUGUGGUGCGCGCCGGAUCCUGCUGAGCUGCGAUCGUGAACCUCUGACUCAUCGACGUCCGCUGUGUAUACUGGCACCUCGCCGCUGCAGGCUAUAAUUUGCAGCGUCAUGGGACUCUCUCAGAGUUCUGUCCCCUACCGCUCCUUCCGAAACCCUACGGCCGCCAGACCAGUUAUCGCCCCGACCGUAGUAGUGCCUUCCGACGCCCACAUCGGUAGGGCACCCUGGGCUGUCACCGACCAGUCUUCCUUGGGGCAGACCGGGAGAAGUCGUGGUGUGGGCAGGAGGUUAGCAAGCUCUGGACGUGGCCCCCAGAGGCCCGACGCAGGCGCCGUUGGGCGUUUGAACAGGCAGUCGUCCAAGCGACGCCACAAGACGCGGUACGUCUACAGACGACAGCCCAGCCAGCGGCAGCGGAGACAGCGGAACGGUCCCUCCAGUCUCCGGAAUGGGCUGGUGCCAGAGGAGACGCAGACUCCCAGCUCUGAGCUGGAGAUAAGCAGGUCUCCAGCUGCGCGGUUUCCCAAACUGAAAGCUCCGGCAGACAAUAGGGGUGUGGACUAUGAGGAACGGACCUUGGCCCUCGCCUUCCUGCGCUGCCUGCGGGACAACCUGCGGUUCGACAUCUCCUCCAACAAUGAGGCCGCGGGGAAGUUCGACGACCUGGUGCUCAGGUGGCAGUACGGCAACAGCGCCGACACGUACCUGCUGCUGGCCCAGCUCAAGCACAGGUCCCCGACGCACGGCUCCUCGGAAGUCGUCCGGGCCAUGCUCCUGCCACCCUCGGGGAGGGCCACCUACGGGAACGACGGCAGGCCGCAGAACUUUGGGGUGAACAACAGGUUCAGCUUGGCCAUGUACCAGGAUUCCUACCACCACAUCAAAGACAAGCUGCAGACUCCCAAUUUCACGAUGCUGUUGUCGACCAAUGCGCCUCUCGCCCGUGACACCAAAGGAAUGUUCGUUCGAAGAAGCCUGUACAAUGUUCCUGGAGCUGAGUUCAUGGACACCGGCGGGACCCUGUACGGGCUCAAUCCCAACGACGAGGAGGUGCGAAGGGCGGUGAACAAUGACCACCGGUUCAUCGAGCACUUCGCCAUUUUCUGCCAGCAGAAGGACUCUGAAGAGAUCAAGGAUGCCAUAUGUCGGGAGAUCGAGAUCCUGCUGGCGCCCGGAGACGCGGAGGGCUACAUUUAUGAAAGACUGUGCAGAGAGAUCAGGGAGUGGAAGCUGAAUGAUGAUUUGUGGUUGGGUGAAAGCUGGAAGAAGUGGACGGAUUUAGUGAAUGACUACACCGAAAAGUACCUGUGUCAGUGUGGUGACAAACGUGUGAGGCCUCCAAUUGUUUUCAACGGUGUGGAUAACAUCAAGAAAUUUGUGAACGGUCAUAACCCUACCCAGAUAACCCCGGUGCGGAAGAGUACGAUGGCGCUGACUGCAAGCAAGAUCCACCAGGCAGUAGGCAGCGAGCCGCACAUCAUGCUGAGUGCCAGACGGUAUCGGCAACUACGCCAGCAAGUCCUCUGUGUCUGGGGCAGGUUCUGCAAGUGGCUCGUGGUUCUCGACGAUGGUCCAGAAGACGACACUGAGGUCUUUGAAGAGCUCAGCAGGGAGCUCAGCCAUGGCCGUAGCCGUCGUUUGGUUUUUGUAACGAGCAAGAAAGGAAUUUCGUUUGUGGACACUUUCGGGUCGUUCGAAGUUACUGACGAGUGUUGGAGUAAGUUCUUGGAAAUUAAGGUCAGACUCAAUGGUGAACAUUACCUUUGUUGCUUGAGAGACCUCGUGGGUGACGCUGGAUCAAUCAAGAUAUUGAUGGACAAUAGGCCAGAGGAUGUACUGACACUGUCUCAGCUCCCAGACACCGUGGACAUGGGCCAACAGCUGGAUCCUGUACCAGAGUACUACGUCUCCAGGAGAGUGGAGCUACGGCGAUACGUCACUGAAGAUUUUUUUUUGUCACUGGGUGAGAAGGAUGUGUGUGUCAUCAACCAGGCGUCAUAUGCUUUCCUUCCUGCUCGGGCAUGGGGAGGAGUUAUCCUCGACCUGAGGAGGUUGGACAUUGUACUAAGUUCACCAAAUAGAAUGUGGCCUCUGCUUACCAUCGCUGGGGAUGCUGAUCGCUCAGCAUUUGAAGAGUUCCGUGCGAGGUAUCCGGAUGUUCGUUUAUAUGCAUUGAAUUAUUCUGCAGCUGGAUGGGAGAUGUUAUACUUUAGCAGUCAGAGCUACAGAGUUCAGCCCUACAUAAAAAUGCGAGAGGUACAGGUGCCAGAGAAGCUAGACUUUUUCGGAUAUUGGGUGGUUUUGGAGGGCGCACCAGGAAUAGGGAAAUCGACCAUGCUGGCAGCUGUUGCGAGACAGAUGAAAGCUAUAGACCCUGCAUACUGGAUAGUGAAAGUCAACUUCUCAGAAUUUUACAACAUAUUUGAUAACUGCGACAACAUUGCGGAUGCUCUUGAGCAAGUCUUGAUGCAUGUCACUUCGUCGAAGGACCAGUUGGGACCUCUGGAACGGACACUUCUCUGCCACUGCCUGCAGCACUCUUCCCGUGUCGUAUGCCUCGUGGACGGUUUCGAUGAACUGACCUCGACCUAUACAGAUUUGUCGUUACAGAUUCUGAAGCAACUGUCUCCACACAAGGGGGGCAUGGUGGUUACAGCAAGGCCCACAGCAAACAAACUUCUCGAGGAAACACUGGGUUCCAUGGCGUGCUUGUUGACCACCUUCAAUGACGUUGAAUGGCAGGUGUUUCUACGAAAGUACAGCCAAUCAUCACCUGACAGUAUUAACCGCAUUGCGACGAACUAUCCCAAACAUCUGUUGAGAUUCCCUCUGUUGUGCAAGAUGUGUGCCGACCUCACAGAACCUGGAUUAGUGGCAGAUGCCUUAGAACUGUACUACACUUUCUUCCGAAGAAAAUGUCAGAAUUUGUGGAUAAAGAAACACGGUGAUGGUGGGAAGCAAGAGUUUGAAGAACAGUGGAAGAGGUAUGAAGAACAGCUGAUGCAUCUGGCAGUGUCAUUCCUUAUCCAGAGAAAAGAUAGACUUGGUCAGCGGCCGUAUUACCAGACAAACAGAGAUUUUUUCGUGGAAGCUGAAAUCAUGUGCAAGUCUGCUGAUGGGAGGCUGGUGUUUGUGCAUAGGACGUUUGCUGAAUACUUUCUCGCCAAGUGGUGCUCCGUUAAUAUCAAACAACAAGAGUGUGCUGUCAUUUAUCGAGAAGCUCUUCUGGAGAAAAAUUUGGAAUUCUUCGUGUGGACAUUCGAUCGUAUGACCAGUAAGGGGCACAGGUUGCUCGAACUCAUCGUGGACGGCAAUGAAAGUGAUGUGAUGGUGAUGUUGAACUCGCGUCAGGGCAUAGAGGAGGUGGAUGGAGCUGGACGGAAUGCGCUGCACCUGGCAACAGUGUACAGCGAGCCGUGGACAGUGGUGCAGCGGCUGUGCACACGGGGGACGCCCACUUCGCUGGAGGCAGAAGAUGGUUUUCUGCACUGGACACCCCUACGGUACGCAGCCGAACUGGGCCGCUGGCCCACGGUAGCUGCUUUGAUCAAGGCUGGUGCUAAACUCGUGCAACUGGGUGAUUUCCGAGCAGGAAAGCAAGACUUCAAUGAGCUGAAGAACUGGUUACCAGAAUUUGCAUUCAAGAAGUUCUUGGAGCAUGUCCACUUCGGAAAUAAGACACAUUCUGAUCUCCAACAAAACCUAAGCAAAACAAACGCCACAAAAUCUUCCAUCGCGGAGAUGGCUUCGAGUAACAAUGUACAGCAGCACUCGAUAAACACACGCUCUAUUCUUCAGUCACACGAAUGGCAAAGUACCGCCAAACCUGGAACAUCUUCUCAGGUAUGGAUGGCGCCAAGAAACAAAUCACAGCUAGAUGGCAAACACGAGAGUGGUACAGUCUACAGCCCCAAAAGAAAUGGACGCCCAAGUAUUGAAAAGGCAAUAACGCCUUCUCACAUAGUGGUCAACCCACUUAACGUCCCACAGCCACAAGUUCACAAUGGCAAAAAUGUAGACAGUAGCCUCUAUUCGAGUCACCGCCAAGAUACUGCAAGGAUAGGACCUCCUCCAUUGGUGACAGCCCUAAGUAAAAAGCAGCAACUACAAGUUCUCAAUGGGCAAGCCACAGACAGUGGCCUCGAGACAAAUGGACACCCGACGGCUACAAAUGGCGGAACAACUUCUCGCGUUGUGGCACCCCUAUUUGACGCCGACGACAUGCUCGAUGACAAUGGCUUGCAGUCAAAUCAGCACCAAAAUUCUGCAAAGGCUGGACCAUCUUCUCCUUUGGUGAAAGCUCCAAGCAACGAUAGACAGCAACAAGCCGCUGAUGCAAAAAGUGGAGUCGAUGGCCUACAGUCAAAUGAAGGACCGAGUCGUGCAGAGGCUGAAAGUUCUUUUGACAUGGAGAACGCCGCAAAUGACAAGCCACAGACACACGUCCGCCAUGGGCGAAGCAUAGACUCCAGCCUAGAGUCAAAUGUAGGCCAAGCUACACCAACGACUACACUACCUGUAGAGGUGGGCAUGCACCCAAAUAACAACUCUUCAAGCUCCGCAACGCCUGAGAAAUGCUCCUACCGAUUUCGUUGUCAGUUUUCGGUUUUGGCUUUAUUCCGUGCUUUAUUCUGUUGCUCGACUGACAAUGGUCCUGAUCAUAUAGACAACUCUGUGACCCAUAUUCACUGAGAAGUACCUUACUCUCACAGUCACGCAGUGCUGACUGCAUUUAUCAGUGCACGUAGAAAAAAAAAACUUUGCUUGCUUUGUAAGACAAGGUUUCUGUUGGUAGCGGUCAGGAAGAGUGACACCUAAUGAGACAUAGGAGUUGGUAGGUACUUUGUUAACUAAAAUCGACAUCAUUUUUUGUGAGGUAUCACAGGAACACAGGGCUACCACCUGGUAGCUGGUUUUGACUGGCGGAUGAGAGAGUAGCUGACUUGGUCCUACAGACGAAUUAAAAGCUCAUUCCCCCUGUUGAAGUUCACCCUUUAUCUCUGCUUGUACAACAUGCUGUUUUGGACAAACUUGGUCAGCAGCCUAUGCCAAGUUCCACAGUUUUAUUACUGUUGUUCGUUUUAGUACUUGACCCUUAAUGCCAUCACCUCAUCUCUCAAGCUAACCACCCCACAUGAGUCUCAAGAUACUUACCGGUAGGACAGUCAUCACCUCCUUGGAUGGCUGUCAAUGUUCAUCUUAAUCUAUCUUCUUAUCGGUUACCCAAAACUAGCCACAAUAGUGUAUAAUAACUGUAGUAGCAACAUUGCACUGUGUAAUGAGUGUUAAAUGAAAUUUGGCUUGUAACACUUUACCAAAGUCCCAGUUAAUGACAUUAAAUAUUGGAAGAACAGAUUAGUUAACUACACCAUCCAUUGUUGAUUCAGUAGUUUCAGAUAAUUACAAAGUUAUGUAACGUUAAAAUGCUACCGAUUUACUUCUGUUCUAGGCUCUAGGAUGGAACAGUGUACAGAUGAUUCUCCGUAGAUUAACCAGUAUAAUUGUCCGACAUGUUUGAAGAAUGUUACUCUCCAUUUCUGAUGGCCAGCUAGAGUCAUAGAGGUUAUAUUUGACAGAGAAUUCACCAUUUUAUCACCAGGUGAACCUGCGGAACUGCACGAUAUUGCAAGAAUCGGACCACGAUUACAAUCAGACAGUCGGAUAAACUAAAAUGUUGUCGAGUUUUCUAUUUCUAAUAGGUUUCCCUUCCACGUUUCCGUCCACUUACUAUCUGAUUCUAGGAAGGACUGAAAAUCGUCACCGAAGGCUGUAUGAAACACAAAUAAAAUAAAAGGAAACCAUGAAACAGACGUUCUCGUUCUGGGAGACUGUCAUCAUGUAGGCAGUGGGAGCCCACGUCAUCAAAAAAUCUCACGGGUCAUCACUUCAAAGGCUUGGAUAUUGCCAAAUGUUGAGGUGUUACUUAGUGUGUUAACCAAUACGAGAAAAAGACUGAUUAGACUGAUGAAAAGUCCUGGAGGUAUCCUUGACAGAUGAGGGCGAGGACUAGCAAAAGGGAUAAUACAAAAUCACAUAGAUUACUAGAUAUCUGAAAUGCAGAACCGACUUUCCUAUACUGAGAUGCUUUCACGACGGAACGUCAAGUUUAAAAGCAGAGACAGUGAUAGUCCAACGCACUUCUGUCAAAUCUGAUUAAGAUCCCAAGUUCAUCUGACCAAUAGAUACAUUAGCUGAAAUGGCUAAGUCGCGGGUAGACUGUGAUCAAAAUAGAUUCCGCCUCGCAGCACUCUGUCUGAAUAAUGACCCAGAGACCACUCCACCGUCAAUUUUUGGCCUUCUUGCAGCCAGAGGAGGAUUAGAUUGGCGGAUUGUUGACGCCCCUUGCUUGUCUCUAAUUAGUCCUCCCAUCUUUUCAUUCUGUCACGUUGUUCUGUCUGUUUUCUUGAAAUGGUCAGCUUCGGCCAGCUGUGGAGAAUGAUUUUAGAGCCUGGUUCAUACUCCGAAUUCAGUCCAGUGCGAGCAGCUAUUCACCAGCGCUACUGUCAGCUCGCAAAACUGCCAAUAAACUUCAAUAAGAGCUCUAAUUUCUCUGCACCACAUCAAUUGGACGGAAAAAAAUCAUAGCCCAUUUCCGUUUACUUAUAAGAGGAUGUUUUUAUAUUAAGUACCGGUUUACGUUAAACAAACACAAGUAUAUUUCUUAAAACAAUUUUAUUGUUACGUGAAAGCCUACAUUUAAAUUAUUCACCUUUAAACAUAAUUUUCGCUAAUGUUAAUGCAUUUAUCACAACUAACCAACUUCUCAAUUUCAUUUACAUAAAGAUCUGCCACCUGAUUCAGCAAAGAACGAUUGUUGAUAUGUCAUCGUAAUCGCCGUGGUACUGACCAGUUAAAUGUUGUUUCCCGAGCGAAGGAGCAAGGUGCAACCAGUGGGCAAUCGACUACCACUAUACAGAAGCUGAUAAAAUUGUUCCCAGUCAUGCGAUGCGAUAAGAUAUUGUAUUCAGAAAGUCAUAUGUGUACCGACAUUGUCAUUCACAAAAAACUUUUUUUUUAGCUUGGCACGUCCUUAGUUCUCUACAGCUUUAAAUAGUUUAGAUCUCGCAAUAUGUUUCAGAAUUGGUUACUCUGACUCAAAAUAUCCACCGUGCACAUGAUUUUUCAUGCUGAAUUUGUUUGCAUUUACUUCACUUGCUGCGGUGAUGAUAAAUGAUUCCAUUGCACCGAGUGUCCGCUGGAAAUUUUCGCCGUUACUGACAGUUUGGGUUAACUUCAUCAACCUCAUUACCGUGCCACUGAAGAAGUUCUAUUAAUUGGAACUGUAUAUCUCAGUCAGGAUUCCUCGCAGUUAGCUUGAGUACAACUUUCGGUAGUUUAGUCUUCUAUACGGCUUUCAUGAGGAACACUUCUUGUAACUUGAGAAAAUUCAGCACACAGAGACGAAGGAUGUUUACUUGACAUAACUGGAAGGUAUAACACACUUCACAUUUCAACCGAUUUGUGCUGAAGAGGCGCAGGCAGUUUAAGUGGGGAUCUGUCCUCUAUUUUAGCUGCUGGCGACUAUGGUAUGCCUUUUACAAUCUUGUAUAGUAUCCCGCGCUCCAGCCUAAGCUCUUCGGCUGGAAAUUUUAGGGUGUUACGGCUCAUACAUUCUAUUUCUGAAAUAAGCAGGACUCAGCUGUCUGCUGUACUAUUUUCUUUCCACUCUAUUUCUCUUUCCAUUUCACAACUGUAAUAAAUGCGUGGUUGUAUUUAUGUGUCUUUGUGCGUUUAGUGCAUUUUUUUUGGUUUUGUUUCAUCUCUUGCUGAAGUUUUAUUACUCUGCUACAUUUCUUUCUAAAUCGCUCCACCGUGAUUCCCUUCUCUAUUUUAAUGUUUUUUUGUAAUCUUUAGAAUAAAAAAAGCAUGAGUUUCCUAUUUAUCUCUGUCUCUGUCUCUCUCUCUCUCUCUCUCUCUCUCUCUCUCUCUCUCUCUCUCUCUCUCUCUGUAUCUUUUUAAGAGCAUUUUCAUAUUUCAUUUGUUAAUGUUCUAUUAUUAUGCAACAUUCAUCCACACUCUUUCCAAAAAAUUUUAGCAUCAGCGCUAAAGACUUUGCUGUCGUCUGCCCAGAUCAACACCUCACCACCACCACCACCAUCACCACCACCACUCUCAUCAUCAUCAACAACAACAUCAUCAUCAUAAGGUAUAUCGUUGAACGCCCUAAAUUAUUUUUCUUCCCACUUUAUCGCUUAGUGAUUUCUCCGUAAGAUUCACUAACUGGCCGAUGAAUUUCGAUCGGUCCCUCUUCUUUCGCACACAGAAAAUUAAUCACAGCACAAACUUCAGACUGGGUGAGAUUUUCAGUUAGCUAAUGCAUUCUAAGUAAACACACCUAAAAGUAAACGUAGACGAAUACUUUCAUUUGGGGACUCCGUGUAACCAAUAGAUGCAGGAACUCGGGGUGCAUGCCCGGACCGCUGACUGCAGGCGGCAUAUUUCAAAACUGUACUUAAUUUUAACAAAAAUAAAAAAGAACGCACAUGCGUGCGCUCACACACAUACGCGGCUCGUAUCUUUAAAUUCUCUUAUUUUCAUCUGAUUAAUUUGUUACAGUAAUUAAUGUCUGUCCCACAACUGAACAAGCUAGACGUAAUAAUUCGUCAUCCUUCCGAGAAAGCAGAGGAUAAUGAGCAGGUUCAACAGCAUCCAAUCAGAAAAGAAAAGCGUGUCAAUGUGAGAACAACAAAUUGUCUUGCAAAACCAGUGCAACAGGUUACCACCCUGAAAGUAAUCGCCACUUAGCGUUUCCCAGGACGCUGGGUACCGUAACCCAAAAGCCUUGAGCAAUUCCUGUCUGCCAUCAGGAAUGGAGGGUAACAAUUUUGUGAAACUGCCAUACACGUAUGUUGGAGAAGGGCAAGAGACACAUUGACGUACCUGAAUCCUAAAAUGUCUGCAAGCGCUCUUGAGCUUGAGAGAGAGAGAGAGAGAGAGAGAGAGAGAGAGAGAGAGAGAGAGAGUGAACUUGACCAGAAUCGAAUCCGCGCUGUGGAUUUGUGACGGUUGGUCUAUUUCACUUGCCAGACUGUGAUGUCUCGGCUGUUUUCCACAGUUGACGUACAGACGGCAUGAAGUUCUUCCUCCCAUCUUGUGGUGAGAUGGUGUACAGAGGAAAGACAUCCAUUCACUGUAAAUAGUAACUGAUGUAGCUAGCUGGUUCCAUAUUGUGUUGGCGAUAUUCGCAAUAUUGUGGAACAUGACAGCUGUAAACAAGGGUCCCCAUAGAGAGUCCUUCGUACAACUGACACGUUCCACAUCACAGGGAACAUAUAUAAUCACCAUUUUCAGAUUUGAAGCUGACUGACUAGUUCUGUUCAAGAAUUCCUCUGUAGGUGUAGAAGGGAUUAAGCGGAAACGACUUUAAUGUUCUGUGUUAAAAUACUUUUCCCUGUCUGUCAGCAUUUUAUCUACCAGAGCAGCUGAGUACUGAAGAAGGGAAGUGCAGCUCGUAUUUCUUCUAGUGAUUUGUUGUAGAAAAUCUGAAACUGCAAUAGGCCAUUCACAGCAAUUUCUUGUAUUCACAAAUGUUCCAUGACGCCGUGUUUAGUAUUUACAGUUGUUUAAACAGAUACGUGCAAGGUGCUUGUGUUUGAAUUAUUCAUAUAAUUGUGAGUACUAUCUUUUGUGCAAAGAUGCUUUUUGCGUAUGUGAGGAGUUGCUCCAAUACGUUAUCCUGUAACAUACUGGUGAAUUAAAAUGUACAAAAUACGAUAACUUACUGAUUCUUAUGUCUCCAAAGUUGGCAAUUAAUCUUAUGACAAAAGUAACUAAAGCCUGCCAUUAUCGCAUGUCUAGUUCAGUGUUUUUCGAAUUUACUUUUCAUCAACAUGCACAGUCAAAAAAAUUAGAACUAACUACUCGGGUUAUUAUUUCUUUUUGGUGAACUAUCAGUUUCAGGAAAGGCAAGUGAGAACAUGUGUGGAUAGUCUUAGUGAAGCUUCCGCCAACCAGAAAUGUCAGAAGUUAAUCCUGGCUCUUCAUUUCAUGAAGAGCAUCUCCGAUGUCUCAUGUUAUUUUCGCUAUAUUACGUUCUUGUUAAUACCAGAUAACUGAGAUAAAUAAAGAUGUCAUUUAAAAUUAACUGUA